AUGGCUGGAUUCGAUGUUACGACAAUAAACGGAACAUAUCAUAACACCUCAUUAGACAACCAAUUCGGCGUUCAAGAUCAGUAUUUAACUUGCCACAUCCAGCGUUCGACGCAGAUGACGACGGCUUUGGUCAUUUGCAUCUUUGGAUUAUUGGGUAACUGCGCAUUUGUCUAUGCCGUUGCUAGGAUACCGACAUUGAGGAGUACCUUAGAUGCAUUGCUGGUGAAUCUUGCAUUUGCUGAUUCGUUCUAUCUCCUAGGCAAUGCGAUGAUUUGCAUUUGCGUUUUACAAGAUUACAUGCAAUGUGUAUUCGUUUCUAACUUGGUUGCAAACUGCUCCGUUAUUAUAUUCAACGCGAUAGCCCUCUACGCUUCGACGUUCACCAUCCUCGCCAUAAGCUUCGAGCGCUACUUCGCAGUUUGUAAGCCACUACGUCAUCAUUCGUCAGGAGUGACUCCGCAAACUAAAACAGCGUUUUACAUCGCAGCGUGUUGGCUUUUUAGCCUACUCAUCACCGCCGUACUUGUCUCUGUCGUGGAGUGCCAAAGAUCAACUUAUUUCCUCUGGAAAAAAAUCUUCGUGGAACUCGUCAGUAUUCUGGUUAUCCUCGUUCCUAUGUUACUCAUUACUAUGUGGUACAUUGCAAUAAUCCGCGAAUUGAAAAAACGAUCUCAUUCAACGGAAAAUACCAAAGACUCAGCGAACAAGGAUGACAAGCAGGUGGUACGGAUGUGCGCCAUCACAGCUGCAUUAACUUUUUUCUUUCAUUUUCCUAAAUGGUUACUGGACGUCAUUGAGCUCCUGGAGGUCGAGGUCGAUGACGUUCUAAACAUAACCCUUGACUUCAAAGUUUGUUUAAAUAAUUUUUCUGUGUAUUUCCUACUAUUGAAUUCUACUGUCAAUAUAUUUAUCUACAACGCCACUAGCUCGAGGUAUCGUCGUGCAUUUUUGAAAGCGUUUUGUUCUAACAAAAAAAUAAUGCCAAGCCCAACAGAACUCACACUAACACCCUCGCCAAACGAACGCAACUUCAUGCAUCACACUUUGUCGGUACUCAGAUAA